AUGAGGAAGGUAAGAACGUUUAGUUGCUAUAUAUUGUGCUUUUCUUUGAAAUCUUAAUCAGUAUUAAAAAAUAAAGUUUUGUCGCUUUUGAACGUCAGAGCCUACGUCAUUUGACGACAAGAUUUUUUUGACCCUGCUGUGACUUGUAGCGUUUGAAAUUUUGUUUUUGUGUGUUUACCUUUCUCUUUCAUUGUUUCGUAUAUCUAAGUAGCUAAUAUAUAUAUGUAUAUUCAGGUAACAUAUACAGAAAGUUUUAAAAGCCUGGUGCUAAUGGUCGUGUUUAUAUGCGUAAUUUACAUAUUAAUAACGACAAAACGAGACUUUAUUAGGACGAAGAACGGAUUGAUAGCUACAAAUUUAAAGUCCACGUUAUCAAAAGGAGUUCAAAGUAAUGAAAGCUACAAUAACAUGGUAAAAAUACAGUAAUUUUUUGAUAUAGUAAGGUAGGAAAGAGCAGGGUGAUUCAGAAGAGGCCAGGGUAGAAUAGGACAGGGCACGGUAGGUCAUGACUAAGCAGUGUGAAAUAGAAUAGGGUAUGGUAGGGUGAGGUAAGGUAAGAUUGGGUAGGGUAGGCCAAAAAUAAUAUUCAAAAUUUUUGAUUUUAGUCAGAUGUAAAAAUAAUCUUACUCUGGACAACUUACUACGGUCGUGACUCCUACCUUACGCCCCCGUUCGAGCCUUGCGAGUACAAAUUUGUCCAUACCAAUGACAGAAGCUACCUUCCUAAUGCCUCAUUGGUCGUAUUUCAUGUUGGCGAGACCAAAGCCGCCGAUUUACCGCUCAAUAGUUCCGUACCCAAGGUUUAUUUGGCCAUAGAAUCAGCUGUACAUGCCAUAUUUUAUAGAGGGAGCCCACCUGCAGACUUUUAUAACUACAGUAUUACAUACCGAGACGAUAGUGAUGUCACUUUGAUCUAUGAUCCACCAAGGACAGAAUACAGUAGGAAGACUGAUAAGGAGGUAAGGGUACUUAUAAGGUACUUGUAAUUAUUUCUUACAAAGUUUAGGUAACACAUUUUUGUGAAUUUUUACCUUAUAUUAUAGUAGGUUCAAGGUCAUUUUUACAUCACAAUAUCUUGUUUUAGAUAGAGAAGAUCAUUGCGAAGAAAACGGAAUUCGCGUUGAGUGCUCGUUCUAAUUGUAGAACACCUUCAAAGAGAGAAAGACUGAUAGAACAGCUACAGUCCUAUGUCAACCUUACUCUAGUUGGAGGCUGUAGUAAAGUAGACUGUGAUAAUACAUGCCUGGAUAAGCUAAUAGGUAUCAAUAUUAACUUAGACAGCAUAUAAUGAUUUUUUUACGUAAUUCGCCCUACCCUACUUUACCCUACCCUACCCUAUUCUACCCUACCCUACCCUACCCUUAACUUUUAAAAUAGCCUUACAAAAUGUCAUUUCAGAAAAUCACUACUUUUACCUAUCCUUCGAGAACUCGAUUUGUGAUCAAUAUACGACUGAAAAGUUUUUCCGAUUCACAAAAUUUAUUGUACCAAUAGUACUGAAACGUUCUGUAGUACCAAAAAGAAUCCCACACGAUAUUUUCAUAGCGGUGGAUGACUUUAAAAAUGUCAUUGAACUUGUAAACUACUUGAAAAUGCUAGUUCAAACUCCAAAAGAGUACAAAAAGUAAAAUUUUUAACAGUUUUUAGGUAUAAACUCAACUGAUUUUUUAAUUUUAAACCAUUUUCUGAACAUUUAUAGACCUUACUGAAACUUUUGAUAUAAAAAUAUCGAUUUCCAAACGUUAAACAGUCAUAUGUUAUAAAUAUGUUUUAGAUACUUUGAAUGGGCCAAAAGAGAUCCCCUGCCAGAUACUUAUAACAAAACCAAAUUUGACACUGCUUGCUCGUCUUGUCGCCUUGCUCAUCAACUACCACCAAAACAUAUACCUGAUUAUACUAAGAUCCUUGACCGGAAUCUUUGUGAUCACGAUUUUGUUUAUAGGUUUCUUAGUAAAAAAAAUAUACAUUAGGCUUUUUGAAAAUUAAAAAAUUUUGUAAUUGGAGAAAAUAGUUUUGAUUACGCUUUGUGACACCAUAGGGGGUAUAAUUUAAAUCUGUCAAGAUUUAAUCUUUGUUUUUUGGUUUACAAUUAAUACGCCUGCCGACGGCGGCGUUUUAAAUUCAUUGUUUUGUAAUUGGAACACUUGCUGGUGAGCUUAUUAAGCCUAUAGUUUAAGCACAUGAAAAAGGUAAUUGAAUAUCAAAGUUGAUAAAGUGUUAAAUGUCCUUACCUGAUUUUUUAGCCUUUUCUUAUCUUUCCCUUCCCCCAAGGGGUGAAAAACGGGCCGUGUAGGCAUGGCCUCAAACUAGCUUUAAAACGGACACGGUCUAAAGUUGCCUUGAGCAAAAUAUCUUUUUUUAACACAAGCCGAGUCUAUAAUUUUUUGAACGGGCCGGGCCGGCUGUAGAAAAAAUGAAAACGGGCCGGGCCUAAACGUUAGGCCCCAGGCUUGGGGGGCCUCAAAAAGUAAGCCCGGCCUAGACCGUUUCUUACCCCUACCUCGCCCCCGCGCCGUCACACCCCAAGCGAUUGCCCCAUGCUUUAUAAUAAGUUCAUUCAGAUAUACCUAAGUUGAACUAAAAAAAAAUACUACUACUCUUUAGGUAUCUAACACACAACUUUUGAAAUUUCUAGUCUCAACUUUAGUAUUUAUAUGGGGAUUUUACAUAUUUACCACAACAAAACAACAGUUGGACAGAAUACAAAACGAACUGACAGCUACUAAUUUAAUGUUCGAGUUAACAAAAGAGUUUAAAGAUGAGGUGAACGUCAAUAACAUGGUAAGUCAUGUUUUAUAUCUUACAGGAUGCGCGCAAUGAUCUGUUACACGGUUUUUUAAUCAAAUAUUUAUUUUAACAACAAAUAUAUAUUAUUUUGCUAAAAUAUCAAUAUAUGAAACAUCUUCGUACUGUACUACCUCUUAUCUUAAGAAAUAGUAUUUUACCCUACCCUAGCCUACCUUAUCAUCUCCUACAAUAAAUUACCUUACCCUGCUCUACUUUACCCUACCCUACCUUACGCUCAAAAGCCAGAACUUUUACUGAAACGGAUAGUACGAUAAAAAAUUAUUAUACAUUGUAAGUAAGACCAAAAAAUUUUUUCAGUCAAACAUCAAAAUUAUAUUACUAUGGAACAGAUUCUACGAUCAUAAAGUAUUCGUCUUUCCACCCUUUGAACCAUGUGAAUACAAAUGUUUUCAUACGAAUGACAGAAGAUACCUUCCCUACGCUUCACUCGUCGUAUUUCAUGUAGGAAAUGUAACGGCCGAUGACUUACUGUUCGAUAAUCCUGUAGCCAAAGCUUAUUUGGCCAUUGAGUCACCUAUGUAUGCCAUAUUUUAUAAAGGAAGUCCACCACCAAACUAUUUCAACUACAGCAUGACAUAUAGAGAUGACAGUGAUGUUACGAUAAUGUAUGAUCAACCUAGAUCGGCUUAUGAGAAGAAAACUGAUCAGGAAGUGAGGUUUUAUGAACAUACCCUCAAAAACCAAAAUCCUUUUAAAACUGGCUAAAAUACGUUUUCUAGUUAGACCAAAUCAUUAAAAAGAAGAACCAAUUUGCUGUGAGUGCACGUUCUAAUUGUAAAACAAUAUCACAAAGAGAGAAACUGAUAGAUGAACUUGAAAACCAUGUAGACCUUACUCUUGUGGGACGCUGCACCAAUGUAACUUGUGAUACUACAUGUUUGGACGAACAUAUCGGUAAUAGUUUUAAAACUAAAAAACUAAACAGUGUUUCAGAAUGUCAUAUUUUUUACAAAAUUUUAUUUUUUUGUGUCCCAUAACUGUCAAAAAAGUCUUGUCGUUUUUACAAUUGAAAACUAAUUCAUAUUGACGACAAGACUUUUUAUGGAAAAUUAAAAUAGCCUUUAGUACAUUCAUAAUAAUAACAAAAAUUCAGCAAAAAAUAACCCUGCCUUAACGUUUCGCUGUACUAUAGCCUUAUAAAAUGACAUUUUUCAGAAAAUCACUACUUUUACCUAUCCUUCGAGAACUCGAUUUGUGAUCAAUAUACGACUGAAAAGUUUUUCCGAUUCACAAAAUUUAUUGUACCAAUAGUACUAAAACGUUCUGUUGUACCAAAAAGGAUUCCUCAUGACAUUUUCAUCGCGGUGGAUGACUUUAACAAUGUCAUUGAACUUGUAAACUACUUGAAAAUGUUGGUUCGAACUCCAAAAGAGUAUAAAAAGUAAGCUUUUUUCAGUUUUUGGAUAUUAAUUCAACUGAUUUUCAAAUUUUAAACCAUUUUUUAAAUAUUUAGGCCUUGCUAACAUUUUCAAUCUAAAAAAUAUUGAUUGGGAGGCACCCAAAAAAACGUCCUAUCAUGAUAUAUCAGCCCAAAUAAUAUGUUUAGAUACUUCGAAUGGGCCAAACAUGACCCGCUUACAGACACUUAUAGCAAAAAGGUGCUCGACGCAGCUUGUACCUCUUGUAAACUUGCUCAUGAACUACCACCAAAACAAAUACCUGAUUAUAGUAAAAUUCUUGACAGGGAUCUGUGUGAUAACGAUUUUCUGAAUAGAUUCUUAAAUACAACCUCAUCUAGUGCUAUUUAG